CCAAAAGUAUGCUAGGCAAUUGGUGUUUGUUUGAAUUUGAAUUUACUCUUUCCGCCUUCGGCAAUGAAACUACACCUUCCCCCGGUUUAGCGCGCGUAAACUUAAGAAAACGCGGGAAAGCUAAACUGCGAACUUCACAAUACCUCUCCUGAUCCCAGUUUUCGGCCCUUUUCGAUUGAAGAUCACAUUCAUUGAGCUGUUAACUGAUCCUACCGACUCAUUUUUCCAAGCAGAAUUAGCUUAUCGAACACGUUUGACUUGACUGUGUGGUCCACUUGAUCUUGAAGUGUCUCCUUACCCCUGCGUCCCGCAAAUCAUCCUUUAAAUCAUUAAAAAUAUCUUCUGAAUUGAAUUCGGGUUCUGUUAGUUCAAGAGGACUCUCAAUCAAAUUGGGGAUACGUAUACUUUAGCCGAAAUUGAUUCGUGUCACUACCUUGCACCAUUUCGAUUUCGUCUGAUCUCGGCAUAGAAUUAUCAGAAGACUAGCAAAAUGAGCCAGCAAGGACAUAGAAGGGAGAGUUUUUCUAUGUUCAAUCUAGAUAAAUUCCCUGAUUUGCCUCCGCAUUACAGGAUUUCCACUCUUUUGGGCGAAGGGGCUUUUUCUCUUGUUUACAGAGGUAUGGACUGCCGCAAAGGAAACGAUGUAGCGAUAAAGAUCAUCAACAAAACAAACCUAUCCAAAAAGCAGAUUGCAAACAUCAACAAUGAAAUUUAUGUGAUGAAUACUUUAAAUAAUGCCGGAAAUCACCCGAACAUACUUAGACUUAUCGAAUCUUUUGAAUCUGAGCAAAGCAGUUACCUCAUAUUAGAGUAUUGCGAUGGAGGAGAAAUCUUCGAUAAGAUUAUUGAGCAUACGUAUCUUUCAGAAGAUCUAGCCAGGCAUGUUUUUUUGCAGCUCCUUGAUGCCGUAAGCUUUAUGAAUGAAAACCAUAUAGUUCACAGGGACAUCAAACCGGAAAAUCUUCUUUUCGAAAGUAUCCCCAAAAUUGAUAGGCCGGAUACUGAGUUUAGAAAGGCCCUUCGCUCAUCUGAUGAUGAAUCUAAAGUUGACGAAGGGAUCUUUCAGCCUGGAAUUGGUGGCGGGGGUAUCGGAACUAUAAAACUUGCUGAUUUUGGCCUAGCCAAACAGCUCAAGUAUGACUCCUCAUCAAAUCUUGGCCAAGCGAGAAGCAACCUCAAGACUCCUUGCGGAACAGCUGGCUACACAGCCCCAGAAGUGAUUCACUGUGGGGUUGAGAGAAAGCGCCGCUUCAGGAGCGCCCACUCAAGGAGUAAUUUUUACUCUAAAAGUGUCGAUAUUUGGUCCCUCGGUUGUUUUUUGUACACUUUACUCUGCGGGUUUCCUCCUUUUUAUGACGAUGACAAUGAGGUUCUCACACAAAAAAUUCUUCACGGGGAAUUUGUCUUUUUGGCUCCUUGGUGGGACGAGAUCAGCUCAGAUGCAAAAGACUUGAUUUCCAAAAUGUUAGUCGUCAAUGCGAAAUCUCGAAUCACUCUUGAAGGAAUCUACAAGCAUCCAUGGAUGAAGAACAGCGUAUCUUUGAAACAGAGCAGCUACUUUCCUGAGCAAAACAUCAGCAAAUAUACAGGGGAAUCCGUACCACAGGAAAAAACCAAACAUAUCAAGAGUCCGGCUGGUAUGGUAGGAGGCUUGAUAUCUCCAAAAAUUGCCAUUAAGCAAGUUUUUGACAAUCCUGCGAUGUCAUAUGUCAGCUUGCAUCUGUUGGCACAAUCAAAGAAGGAAAAACCGAAAGUCUCUCCAGAAUUUAAGGAAGUAAAAUUUGACUCCAGAGCCCGCAGGGAUUCCAAGUCAAUCAGCAGCUUACCAAAAAGUCCUAAUCCAAUGAACCGUGUGAACUUUAGCGAUGUCUUCAAAACAGAUGCACUCAUGUCGGCCCUCAAUGACGACAACACUGACCUUGAUAGCGAAGAUGCUUUUGAUGGCUCCAAUGGGGAUAGUCUGAACGAAUUUGCUGAUAGUCAAUCUGCCAGUUCGGAUGAAGAAAGCAUAAGAGAACCCAUGGACAUAGAAACUUUUGAGUUUGAUGAAAACGGCCCCCUUUCUCGCUUCCAUGUGCGUGAGGAGAUUCUGGAACAUGUGGAUUUGAAGAAUCUGUCAUUAUCUUCAACAACAUCAGUGGACUCCCUGAAGCUGAGUGAUGAUGCAUAUGCGACACGCUCUUCUUCUGUCAUCAGUGGUGCCAAUGGAGAGUUCGAGUUUACACUCAAUCUAAAUGAUCUGAGCUUGUUAAGAAGACGCUCCUCGACUAAAAGAAACUAGAUUUGGGUUUGAAUUUUGCAAAGGAAUGUCCUGCUUCGAUCGGGAAUCAUCUUCCUCUUCAACGAAAAAACAAAAUAAGUCGGGAGAAGAGUGCUUCUAUUAUGUACUAUGUAAAGAAUUUUAUUUUAUCAAAGAAGACUUCUAUCUUUCGCUUGGUUUGAUAUCAGCUUGUUGAGGGGAUUCAUCUUCCUCAGCAACAAGACAGUCAUUAGACUCCAACAACUCCAGCAAGUCGCCGCUUUGAGCCAUAGACUGAACAAUAUCACAACCUCCAAUGAACUCUUUGUUAACGUAAAGCUGAGGAAUAGUAGGCCACUGA